AUGACUGUCUUCAUAUGUUCGCUUUUUCUCCCCAAAACCAUCCACUUUCAGCUCCCGGGAUCCCGCCGACGCAACACGGUCGACCGAAAGAUUACUUCCUCUUUGCCAUCGGCUGCACAAAGCUCUAAAUCUACGGGCCCCGUCGUGACCGACCCAGCCCCUCCCAGUCUGUUCGCCCCACGUCCCAACAUCACCCCGCCUGAGACGCCCACUGGUGACGACGACAGCAUCAAUGGCGACCAAUUUUUUGGCAAUGAGGACGGAGCCCGCGUCCGCUUCCCCCACGAUCUAGGAUCCCCGUCCGACAAGGAGUCUGUCAUCUGGGGUAUCCGUGAGAAUCAGCCCAAGUCUCGAGCCAACUCGCCGCCUCCUGCCGCCAUCUCUGAGCAUGCCCGCACUUAUGACAAGGCCUGGGAGCUUGGUCGUCGUGGCGUUUGUCAGCCUAGUCCCCGGGUCCGCAGCGAUAGCCAUGACAGGGUCUUCUCAUCUGCCCGCUGGCGCAUCGUCGAUGCUGACCAGGGUAACGGUGGUCUACGCAACGCCGCCGAGGCUGCCGCCCGUGACGGUGGCUCCCUCGACGACUUGAUCUUUGUCGGAACCCUCGGCAUGCCCACCGACGCUCUCGACGGCACCGCCCAGAGGGACAAGAUCGAGUCCACUCUGGCCCUUGAGCAUAAUAUGCUGACCGUCUUCUGCUCCGACAAAGAUUUUGACGGCCACUAUACCCACUUCUGCAAACAGAUCCUUUGGCCCGUCUUCCACUACCAGAUGCCCGACAAUCCCAAGAGCAAGGCUUACGAGGAUCAUUCGUGGAAGUACUACGUCAACGUCAACCAAGCUUUUGCCGAUAAGAUUGUCAAGAACUGGAAGAAAGGAGAUGUGAUUUGGAUCCACGACUACCAUCUACUGCUUGUUCCCAGCAUGGUCCGCAGUAAGCUGCCCGAUGCCAAGAUUGGCUUCUUUCUUCAUGUCGCCUUCCCCUCGUCCGAGGUCUUCCGCUGUCUCGCCGUCCGCAAGGAGCUUCUCGAGGGCAUGCUUGGUGCCAACCUCGUCGGCUUCCAGAUCCCAGAGUACACCCGCCACUUUUUGCAGACGUGCAGCCGUAUACUCAACGUCGAGGCCACACCGGAGGGAGUCCAGCUUGAAGACCGCUUCGUCGAAGUCACGAGCAUGGCCAUCGGCAUCGAUCCAGUCAGCCUGGCUGAGCACCGUGGCUCCGACAAGGUUCUCAAGUGGCUCCGCAUCAUGGAGGAGCGCUACCAGGGCAAGCGCCUAAUUGUCGCCCGUGACAAGCUCGAUCACGUUAGGGGCGUCCGUCAGAAGCUGCUGUCGUAUGAGCUCUUCCUCAACCAGAACCCCCAGUGGCGGGGCCAGACUGUCCUCAUUCAGGUGGCCCUAUCGACGAGCGAGAAGAGUGACCUCGAUGCUACCGUCUCCGACAUUGUCACGCGUGUCAACUCGUCCUGGGCCAACCUUGCCUAUCAGCCCGUCGUAUACCUCAAGCAGGACAUUGACUACGCCCAGUACCUUGCACUUCUCACAAUUGCUGACGCUAUCAUGAUCACCAGCCAGCGUGAGGGCAUGAACCUAACCUCCCACGAGUACCUGUUCUGCCAGGACGGUGCCCUGAGGCCCAACAAGAAGCACGGGUCGCUCAUCCUAUCCGAGUUUGCCGGUACAGCAUCCCUCUUCAAUCGGAACGAGCUGUCGGUCAACCCCUGGGACUACCGCCAGUGUGCCGAGGCCAUCAAGCGCGCUCUUGAGAUGAGCGAGGAGGAGAAGAAGACUCGCUGGGACAAGCUCUACAGCACCGUCUGCUGCUACACGGGCGCUCAUUGGUUCAACGAAUUCCUCAAGCACCUAGAGAAUGCCUACAAUGAGCAGCACAGGCGUGAUCAGGUGGCUGUCCCUCGCCUGUCAUUGCCGCACCUCAUGGAGAAGUACGGGCGUGCGAGCCGCCGCCUCUUCAUCCUGGACUACGAGGGUACCCUGGUCAGCUGGGGCCCCGUCAACCAGAUAAUCCCAGUCAGCCCACAGCGGACCCUGGAUAUAAUUAACGACCUACUCAUGGAUGAGCGCAACAUGGUGUAUGUCAUGUCGGGGCGGAGACCGGAAGAGCUCGAGGGCGUCUUCCGGCGGGCGCCCGGCCUAGGUCUUAUUGCCGAAAACGGCUGCUUCCUCCGGGCGGCGGGCAGUGAUGAGUGGCGCGAGAUGGCGGACAGCAGCAAGGUGGCUGGGUGGAAGGAGUCCGUCAAGCCUAUACUGAAGUAUUACCUGGAGAGGACGCCCGGAGCUGAGAUAGAAGAGCGGCGGUGCAGCUUCAUCUUCCACUACGAGGAGGCUGAGAACCGCGAAGGCGCAUCGCGGCAGGCGGCCGAAUGCGCCAGCCACCUCAACGACGCAUGCGAGUCGCAGCGCGUGCACGCCAUACCACUGGACGGGUCCGUCGUGGUGGAGCCCGUCGACUGGACCAAGAAGUCAGCCGCACAGACGGUUUACCACGAGCUGUGUGAGAACAAGGACACGGACCCUAUUGACUUCCUUAUGGUUGUCGGCGACGGGCGAGAAGACGAAAAGGUGUUUAGAUGGGCCAACGAACUCGGCGAGGAGCACGACAUUGAAAACGUGGUGACAGUCAGCCUUGGGACACGUACCACGGAGGCCACGGCCACAUUGGCACAGGGUGUGAAUGGUGUUUUGACAUGUCUUCAACGACUAGCGUCGGUGAACUAG